AUGUACGUUCUUGAAUAUUCCGAGGAUUUUGCAGGUCCCGAAGAUGACUUCGCAUUCCAAAAGACCACCAUAGUCUACGAAAUGUCCGGCUCGAUCUACAGAGCAUUUUCUCGAAAACGAUAUGCAUCAAAAGAGGAGAUCCAGUUUGGCGACAUGUUCAGCACCAACAAAAUCCAAGGGGCUCUCAUUUUCCCCGAGUUCUCGGACACAUUCACAAAGGCAGAAAGACCAUCGGAUUGCUCAACCUGGUAUCUGAAAAAACCAAGUCUUUCGCCCUACAGCCCCCAAUACCCGGCUCUAAUCAGAGAAACCUGGAUUGAGGAAGUGAAGACCUGCGAACUUCUGAAAAAAAAACCCGCACCCGAAUAUCGCCCAAUACCAUGGCUGUGCCGUCGUCAAUGA